CUUCACCUCUUGUUUCACACGAAAUCUUGAGACCAAAACAUUCCCCUCCAACCAGACCGGGACGAUGUCAGUGCAAGCCGGUCGCGUCCUCCUGGAAUACUGGCCGCUUCUGCACAGUCGGGACAUCCAACCCCACGUGCGUGCAGAUUGCAUGCUAUUCCUCUGCAAAGGCAAAGGAGACGGACGCAAGUGGAGAAUCAAAUUCGCAGGCGGCGUAUCCCAGGGUGAGGAGCAGUGUGUCAGCUGUUUCCGUUUUAUUAGCUCUUUCCUUGAACCCUCGGCCACUCCGUUUCCUGUCGCCCCUCCGCCAUCUUUCCCUUCUGCAGCGCCUCCGCCAGCGUCGUCGGAGAUCUCUGUGUCGUCUUCGGUUCCGAUGGCGACAUAUUCUCUCGUCCCCGUGACACAACGAGAGGACAGUACCGUAUCCUCGGGAGUAACAGCUACCACUGCACCGGACGCAGAGCCAGGACCUUCCGCUUCUGCCGCGACUAAAGGCACGGCCCAACAAUACACGGGCGCCGUCCAGACGUCCGGUGGCGGUGGAGGGUCCUGGUCAUAUGCCCCUCCCAUUCCUUCAGAUGGAGACCUGAACAAAUCACCGACUUGUUUAGCUGACGUUCCGGACCUGGAAGAAAUGGUGCGAAUGGUACUACAGGAUCCCAAACUACCUGACCUUGUAGAUGUUGUUCAUAAGGUCAUCGCUAAUAUGUGAAGCACGGACCGUGUCUCCUGGCUUCCUGCUUAUUACGCUCCAGUACUUCACAGCUCUGCACCUUUGGUUGUGCUCCAUGAUUUUGAAUAUAACUUGUUGUAUAGAAUUAGAUGUUGGAAAAUUAUAGUUUAUGAAAUGAC